GGCGCCGCCGCAGUGCGCAGAGCGGGGCUGGUGCUCGCCGCCCGCGCACCGGGGGGACGCGCUCCGGGCCUGGCGCGGUUUCGCAGCGCGUGCCCGCCCCGCAUCCCUCUCCUCCGGGCUUCCUCGCAUCGCCGACUGCAGCCCCAGGCCCCGCCAUGGGGAAUGUGCCAUCCGCGGUGAAGCACUGCCUCAGCUACCAGCAGCUUCUCCGGGAGCAUCUCUGGAUCGGGGAUUCAGUGGCAGGGGCGCUCGACCCCGCGCAGGAAUCUUCCCAGUUAUCUGGACUCCCUGAGUAUGUUAAAAUAGUAGAAGUUGGACCAAGGGAUGGAUUGCAGAAUGAAAAGGUUAUAGUUCCUACAGAUAUAAAAAUUGAAUUUAUCAAUCAGCUUUCCCAAACUGGCUUGUCCGUUAUAGAAGUGACCAGCUUCGUGUCUUCCAGAUGGGUUCCACAGAUGGCUGAUCACACUGAAGUGAUGAAAGGCAUUCAGCAACAUCCAGGAGUUCGAUACCCUGUCCUAACUCCUAAUCUUCAGGGUUUUCACCGUGCUGUUGCUGCUGGAGCCACUGAGAUAGCAGUUUUUGGUGCUGCAUCUGAAUCCUUUAGCAAGAAGAAUAUUAACUGUUCUAUUGAAGAAAGUAUGGAGAAGUUUGAGGAGGUCGUUAAGUCUGCAAGUCACAUGAACAUUCCAGCACGAGGGUAUGUGUCUUGUGCCCUGGGCUGUCCAUAUGAAGGAAGCAUUGCAACGCAGAAAGUGACAGAAGUAUCUAAGAGAUUGUAUGGCAUGGGCUGUUAUGAGAUCUCUCUGGGAGACACAAUUGGAGUGGGAACUCCAGGAAGCAUGAAAAGAAUGUUGGAAAGUGUCAUGAAAGAAAUCCCACCGAGAGCUCUUGCUGUUCACUGUCAUGACACAUACGGACAAGCCUUAGCAAAUAUCCUUACGGCCCUUCAGAUGGGGAUUAACGUGGUGGACUCUGCAGUAUCCGGAUUAGGUGGUUGCCCUUAUGCAAAAGGUGCUUCUGGGAAUGUAGCCACUGAGGAUUUGAUAUAUAUGCUUAAUGGCCUGGGGCUCAAGACAGGUGUGAACCUUUACAAAGUGCUGGAAGCUGGUGACUUUAUUUGCAAAGCUGUGAAUAAAACCACAAACUCCAAAGUAGCCCAAGCCUCCUUCAAUGCUUGACUUGAAAGAAUUUGUGACUUAAGGCAGAGAAGAUCCAUUUCAGCUACAGAUAUUCAUCUGAAAAUCGUUACUGUCAACUUUUUCUGAAGUGUGAAGUAAUAGACACAGUGGAAAAAAAAGAUACUUUUAAAAAGAGUGUAACUGGAUAGAUUACGAAGUCAACGGAAAGCAAUACCAGUCAUCAGGUAAACUGCAAGCUGAGGCUACAUAAUAAAACUUUUAGACAUGCUUUUGAAUUUGGAGAAAAGUCUACUGGUUUGCUCUUGUAAAAAUAACUUUUUAAUUUAGUAGACAUGAAAGUUGACCUCAGAUUUCCCUAAGUAUCAAAUACUGUGUUAAUACUUAAUCAAGCUGGCUUAGCACAGCGUACAUGUUGUCAGUGGUUUAUGAGCUCCUGUCCUGCGUAGUGUGCAAAGUGUGUGGCCUCGACAUUAUGCGUUAUGCCUCUGGAUCUCAACUCUCUAUUUGCCAAGUCAGUUAAAUUAUGGACCAAGUGCCAAAUCUCCAUCUGACCCUACAUAGUUUUUUGCAAUAGAACUUGUAUAUUUCGAGUAUGGCUAGCAUCUGUUAACUAUUUCAAUGACUUUAUCUUGUUCCAAGAGGCUGUGGUCAAUGGCAAGACGCCAUAUCCUGGAAACAUCUUACAACCUCCCAUGUUUGUUACAUGCAUCCAGUUUACCAUACUUUCCCUUUCAUCAGUGAUUGUAAAAACCAGCAUAGUGUUACUCAACUAUUCAGAAAUGUAAGGUACAACUCUCAUCCUGAUGUCUAAGUUGCAGUGAUGAGAAUAGACUGUUACAUAUACCAUAAUCCAUGUUCAUAAUUUUCAUAUCACUUCCAAAUUGCCCAAGAAAAUGCCAUUGUAACCCUAAGAAUAUUAAGGUAGUUUUUAAUUCAUGAAAUAAACUGUUUUUCAGUGAUUCAGGGUACUUUGAUUAAAUCACAUCUUUUUUUGGUUGAGUUUUUUAUAGUUAUUUUUAAUGUUGAAGUGGCUGAAAUUUUAUCUUUUGUACUAGAAAGCAUUGCCAGAAAUAGCAAAAAUUAAUAUGUCAAAGUUGAGAAGAGGAGCAGGAAAACUAGGUUAAGAAAAACAUUUCUAUAACCUAACCCAAUCAUAUGGGGACAGUAUUGUUACAUGCGGGUCUGAAACAUCAGUUCUAUUAUUUAUGUAGACUUCUCCAAUAAUACUGGGUGAUCUUAUCUUUGAAUAAAUUUAAAUAUAACUUGAAAUAUGAAAGAGAGUAUUGUGGGCUUUCUAUUAAAUAUUCAUCAAAACCAUUGAAAUAAAAAGAAAUUCAA